AUGGAAGAAGCAGGUAAUAGAGAUGUUGUCAGAGAGGGGGAAGUAGGUGUGAAUGAACCAGAGGGUGAUGUCAUGGAAGAAUCUAAGAGUGUGAUGGACUCGAGUGUGAUCGCUGCGGAAAGUCACAUUGAAUCAGAGGGUGAGACUGAUGAGGUUGGUUAUGAAGAAAUUGUGCGUACUCCUAGCGUAGUGGUGAAGAAAGGAAAUCAAAAACUGAAAAUUUUAUCAUCUCAGAAGAAGAGGAUUAGAAGGCCUUCUCGUUUCCAACUGUCUCCUUUUGAUCAUUGGAAGGGCUUCUCGUUCUUGACAUAUUUAGGACAAUUUUGUUUUUUUUUUGUGGAGUGGAUUAGGACUACUUGA